UUCUAUUUUUUCACGAUCUCGGUCAACGACGUCAACGUCAGUCUACCACUCCGUUUGACUAUUUCAUUCGUUCAAACAUCAACGAAUCUUCAUUCCUCGCCUUAUUUCCGAAUACGUUCGUUGAUCGCCAUUCGCCAUCCAUAUUUUAUCAUUUAAAGCCAUUUAAACUUACUUUUUAUUUUAUUUCGCCAAUACACUCAAGUGGACAACGUUACACCACAGUACCUGAUGCUACACGUCGACUGCUGUAAUUGACGAAGCUACAAAACUAUAAAAAAUCAACAGUAUAUUGUGCAAACUGCAAAAUGAUUAAUUGUAGUAGAAGAAAUUGUGAGCGUGUUGUAAAUGGUAUAAUUAAUCGAUGGCCACAAGACGAAAUUAGUAUACUGGAUGGAAAUUGUUCUUUUAACAUUGAUUAUUUGGGGUAUGUUGAAGUAUUGGAACCCACAAAUUCAAACAAAUGUUGUGAGUCAUUCGCUAAACUGUAUCAGGAAUAUAAAACUGGAAUUUGUCACCCAAGUCCUGCAAUUUUAUGGAUUACAGGAUAUGAAUUAAGAAUUGUUGACAAAAGAUCAAAGAAUUUAAUUCUGGCUCAAAUUAUUGAAAAUGUAAUAUUUUGUUCAUCGGCCACAGACUAUUCGGACCAGUUAUUCUAUACUAGCAGAGACUUUUACAAUAAUCAAUGGUUGUGUCAUUUGAUUGUUGUUACAGAAGUUUCAAGUGAUCGACUGUGCAAGGCAGUGGGAUUUGCAUUUCGAGUAUGUCUUAGGCGGAAAACCAUACGAGAAGGACCCACAACAAAUACAAAUAGCAUCAGAUCUAUAGGUUAAAUAAACUAAAGUGUACAUGUACAUAAUGUCUUGAUGCGUUGUAAAAAAUAUACAUUAUUAAAAAUGUUUUA